AUGAAUUCUGCUGGUGGCGGAGGGGGCCGAGAUCGCGACAAGGGACGUAAAUAUCAGUCAGGCUCAGGAAAACGUAAGGCGAAAGAAGAGCGAGCAGCAAGGGAAAAAAAAGUUCUGUCUAAAAUGCCAAAAAUUUCUGAAAUGCUUUCCGCUACUAAAACAAGUAACAGUGCGGUUCUCGAGACAGUGGACAUUGUCGGCGGUACUCAUUUGGCAGAUAAUUUGAAUCCUGAAAUCUUUAAGGAAUUGGAACACAAAACACAUUAUGUUGAUACUACUACUGAAGUUGCAGCUGAAUGUAAAUCGGUUUGCGACGAUGACCAUAUUGAUAUACAACCAACCUUAACAGUCCUUCAUACUUAUACCUGA